AUGAUCCAUAAUUUGAGUGUACUAUCCGUUAAUAUCUUGGGAUCGUGUAACGGGCCAGUACUCGCCACCGUUAAUUGGAAAUACUUAAUUAUAUGGAACCCUUCGACUAGAGAGGCCAAGAAUAUCAUUUGUUUUGUAGGUGGAAUCGUACGUGAGCCGGGGUAUUUCGUGUACGGGUUCGGGUGCGAUGAGCACACUAACAACUAUAAGAUUGUCCGUUUUUUCUUCUCCGUCAGCACCUGUCACGCGGAGAUGUAUAGUUCGAGGACCAAUUCUUGGAAGAAAAUCGAGAAUUAUCACAAGGUAUUUGAGUAUGGUUAUUCGGGCAAGUUUGUGAACGGAAGGCUGCAUUGGAUGGCGGUGAGUAGAGGAUGUUAUACUAGUUGGGAGAUCGGUUCUCUUGAUUUGGUGGAGGAAAAUUUUGGAACCUUGGCUAGGCCCGAUUACUUUCUGAAAUAUAGUUCUCGACCGAAUUUGGAGAAUUUGGGAGGCUAUCUUAGUUUGAUUUGUUUUGACGACGGUAACAACAUACAUAUUUGGGGUAUGACAAAGUACGACGAGGCAGAAUCUUGGACCAAGUUUUGGACACUUUUUAACUGGAUUGAGGAUUUUAAAUAUUAUGCAACGACUACCCCGUUCUGGGUUACGAAGAAUGGAGAUACUGCGGUGGCUUUUGGACCAUACAUAAUUGUUUUUGAUAAAAAAGACGAGUCAGCGUCAAUCUCGAAUUCGUGUGGAUCGGUUGAGGUUAGAUUUGGAUGCUAUUUUAAAGUGCCCGAGAUUCAAAUUGGGCCUCACUUAUUCGUUGAAAGCUUAGUUUCACCAUUUGGAGACGAGCAUCCUGCGAAGGAGCUACGAGAUUUACGAGACGAGUAG